AUGGUUAUGCUAACGAAGAGAAGAAAACAGAAUAUGAUAAAAAUUAUUUCUCUGGCUGUGCUAAGCACGAUCGGAAUAUUAUUUUCACGGAUUCCACCGUUGUCACUGGCAGAAUUCAAAAGUGUACGGCCUAAUAUGGCUUACCACCCAUCUGAGACCGUUGAGUUUAAAUACAUUCUACUGUCCGUUGUGUUUUUACUUCCUGGGUUUAUGUUUAUAGUCAGCAGAGCCGGGAGUAGAAAGUUAGGGGGUGCUGGUCCGGUUCUAGAUGCGUAUUUGGGGUGUAUUAUUACAUUUUUAAUUACGGCUGUGAUUAAAUGGCUAGUUGGGAAGGAAAGGCCGGACUACCACGACAGACUCGCACAAAAUUUAUUGGUGCCGGCUGUUUUAGAAGGGAGAAGAUCGUUUCCAUCUGGGCAUAGUUCGACUGUCAUGGCACUGGUCUUUUAUUUGGUAUAUGAAACAAUUCUGUCCAUUAAAAAUACUCGGCAGUUAGUGACCAGAAGUAUUUUAGUGUACGUCGGGGUUCUUGUGCCCAUAACAGUCGGGUUAUUCGUGUGUGUCAGCCGAAUAUUUGACAAUAGACAUGAUCAAAUUGAUGUGGGCACGGGUGCUGCUCUGGGCGUAUUUGUUCCAUUUAUAGUUAGUAGAAUACUAUUAGUCAGGGGAAAAAAGAAGCAUCUGAAUAAAAUUAUAGAAGAGAGUGCGCCCAGUAUAGAAAGUGGAUAAAAUGGGUGUACUAUUACUAACUGAGUAUAUAAUGUACACAGUUAUUAUCAAAUAGAUUCUUUAUGUAAUAUAAGGAAUAAACCGUACUAAUAAUAGUACUGAACAGUUUUGUGAGCUACACAGAAGUCUAGCCGUAUAUACGCUUAUUACAGCAUAAACCA